AUGGAAAAAACAUUACAAGUCUCCAACGAGGUAGACACAGAAUCAAAUGAGAAUGUCAAUUCGGGAGGGACUUUCAAAAUCGAUCCUGUGGUCGAAAAAUCACUCGUUCGACGGAUGGAUUUGAUAUUACUUCCAACGCUCUCUUUGGUCUACCUAACUCACAGCCUCGACCGUGCCAAUCUCGGAAACGCCAAAUCCGCAACUCUCGAGCAAGACUUAGGUCUUGUAGGAAACCAAUACUCGUUACUCCUAAUAGUAUUCUACAUCCCUUACUCCCUAUUCGGCAUUCCUGCAACCGUACUCGCGAAACAAUACAGCUCUGCACUGGUCAUCCCGCUGUUGGUUCUAGGAUGGGGUAGCCUAGCCAUGAUUCAAGCCGCGACCAAGAACUUUGGCGGGAUAAUGGCUUGUAGAGUCAUUCUGGGCACGAUGGAAGCUGGGUUUUUGCCGUGUGCGAUUUUCUAUUUGUCGACGUUUUACACGAGGACGGAGUUGGCGAAGAGGCUGUCUGUGUUUUUCCUUAUGGGGUUUAUAGCUAGUGCCAUCAGCGGCCUCAUCUCAUGGGGCGUGUUCCAAUGGCACCGCUCCCUCAAAGGCUGGCAAUAUCUUUUUCUCAUCGAAGGCGCAAUUAGCGUCGGCAUCGCCUUCAUCGCUCUCGUCGCUCUACCGCACAGCGUCCAGGAAUCACGCUAUUUCACUGCAGCCCAAAAACAAUGCGCCUCUCUACGCCUCGAGCACAACCCCGAAAAACAGUUCAAUUUUCAAGAAGGUUUCAUCGUGCUCAGGGAUUGGAAAAUAUGGACCUUUGCGCUCUGCGGGUUAUUAUACGGUGUUGGGUCGUCGAGUACAUCCAACUUCUUGCCUGUGAUGAUCAAACGGCUUACGCAGGAUACUGUGAGAGCGAAUCUAUAUACCAUCGGGCCUAACCUUACAGGCGCGUUGCUGAUGUAUGUUAGUUGCUGGGUCUCAGACCGCAUUCAGCAGCGCGCCCUGGUCUCGAUUGUGGUUAUUGUUGUAUCGAUGAUAGGUUGGAUUUUACUAGGAGCACUAGAUUUAGUGCAUCACGUCAAGGUCGGGUAUUUCCUGACUUAUUUGUUAACGUUUGGCACAUUCGUGCCAAUGCUUCUUGUUCCCGCGUGGGUGGGCGCAAAUACGCAAUCUACAUCUGCGCGUGCAGUAGCUCUAGGAUUUAUAUCGAUGUGUACGAACCUAGGUGGCAUUGUGUCGUCCGGGGCGUAUAGAGCACAGGAUGCGCCGACGUAUAGACCCGCUCUGAUUACAGUGUUUGUGUGUCAGGCUGUUUUUGUGGUGAUUUGUGCGGGGAUGAGAAUGGUGUAUGUGAGGAUGAAUAAAGAUUUGGCGAGGGGGGAGAGAGUGGUUGUUGAAGGGGUUGAAGUUAAGAAGGACUUUAGGUUUAUGCUGUGA